AUGACUGAUUUUGCUCCGCUGGACUCUCGCAGUCGCGCUCUUGAUGAGUACGCCUACCCGACCGAUGAGAGAGAUGGCAAGCGCAGCAAAGAACUCAAGGCGGCGGCGGUCUCGGACCUGGCCAAGAUCCUCGUGACGGACAGCUACGGGGCUGGUCGCAAUCUGCAGAAAGUCUGCUGGGACGCCUACAACCAGAGGCAUCCCAUGCACGUGGUCUUGGACCUUCCCAGCGGCGGGCAGCUUUGGCUGGGGGGUGGAGCAGCCAGUGGCCAGAUCACGGAGUUGUUGGACAAUGGGAUUGCCGCCAUCCUGGCGGCAGCCGCGUACCCACCAGUCGUUCACGACUCGAGGAUCGAAAGGCUGGGCACGUACGACGGGACAGGCCUCGCUGCCGGGGAUAUCGACAAGGGCUUGAUGAUCAAAGUGUUCCAAAGGAUGUUGAGGUUGCUUGCUGCAGGCCGCAAGAUACUUGUGAGCUGCAAAAACGGGGCUCACAGAUCAAGUUUUGUGCUGGCCCUCUUCCUCAUCUUCCUGACGGGCUGCCCGCCAGAUGACGUGCACACCUACUUGAAUAAGCUGCGGGGUCUCGUUGACCUUGGCUCCAUGGCGCCCGAGUCGAAGCACUCGAGGGAGCGCAGGCCGAACGUGGUGCCCAUCAAUUCUCUCCGCAACAUGCACACGUUCUUCAGCGCGGAGGGCCUUCGCUCUCUGAGCGCCUUGAGCAGGCCUGCCCAGCUCAGCCUGGGCUUCAGGGACGCCGAGAACCGAGUCAAGCUCAACAUGUUGAUGAGCCCUGCAGACUUCGAGGCGAUGGCCCGUUCCCUUGGGUGGGUGGCCCUCUCUGAGGCCAGGGAGUGCAGCAACUACUGCUAUGCCGUAGGCUAG